CAAUCCAUUCAAUUGUUUGCGGAACUGACUUGUACUGCUUCAAAUUUUUAUUCCCCACCAUCAGUCUUUGUGGCUUUGGACUGGCUGGUACCAACUACGGCACAGCAACGUCCUAACUCUAGCAAAGACUGCUUUCCACGGCUGCAGUGUACAAUGUGCUGAUUGUAGCUAGCAGCAUUGCACGGCCAAAGAAGAAAGACAUUUUGUUGAAGCCCUUACACCAAGGCGGAGGUAAUUAGUCCGGAACGCGGCCCACGAGGAAUAUGUUUGCGGCUGUGCGAAGCAUGGAACAGAGGCAAGCACCAGCCAUGAAGCGUGGACAAUUGCUGUUAUCAGUGAUACUGAGCGUCGCCUUUCUCAGUGUGGCCUCGGCUAAGCCAAUGAAAGAGAUUGGUGACAUGAUGCGCCCAGCCAAUAAAGGUGAGGCGAAAACGAUGCAAAAACAGCAGGGGGAGCUGAAAAAGCAGCGAACACCAAUGUCAGUGGACUCUGCGAGCGUACAUGGUGUAGAGGAGUCCACUGCAGUGGGAAGUAGUCAAUCGAUUAGCUGUGAUGUGUGCAAAGUGGCUAUAGUGGCUGUGCAGGCACUGGUCAAGCAGAACGCCACUGAAGAAGAAAUUGUGAAGCUAUCCACACGCAUCUGCAUCGACUUAAAAAUCGAGGACAAGCGCGUGUGCGACGGAAUCACUGUCGAAUUUCGUGAGGAAAUCAUCGCCGUUCUCUUGGCAACAGCUUUGUCAGCUGACGAGAUCUGUGGCCUAAUACUGGGUGACUCAUGUGCUGACGUACCGGACUUCAACUCGCAAAACUGGACUGUUCCGAUUUUGAACAACACCAAGCCACCAUACACACCGGUGAAGCCUCCAGCAGCGGGCACACCUACAGCACGCUUCCUUUACCUGUCCGAUGUUCAUUACGACAGCAAGUAUGAAGUCAACACACUGGACGUGUGCGGUGAGCCCCUGUGCUGUCGCGCAUAUCUGGGUCCGGGAAAUGCCGGGCCGUACGGCAGCUAUUACUGCGAUGCACCGCUGGCUCUGCUCCAGAAUGCACUGGAGCAUGUGGCGAAGGAGGAGAAGUUUGAUUACAUCAUCUUCACCGGGGAUGUCCCUGCUCAUAAUGUGUGGAAUCAGACCAGGGAUGAUAUCACAUCGGCCAUUACGUUCGUGUGCGACCUCUUCAAGAAGUACUUUCCCGGAGCCAAAAUCUUCCCGGCUGUCGGCAAUCAUGAGAGCUCACCUGUGAACAGCUUUCCCCCGCCAUCGAUCACAGGCAAAGACUCGCACCAAUGGCUGCGAGAUUCACUGGCUGAGAACUGGAAAGAGUGGCUGCCUGAAGAUUCACAGACCACCAUCAAGGAAGGCGCAUUCUACAGUGCCCUGGUGAAGGCCGGUCUGCGUGUGAUCUCACUAAACAUGAACUAUGGCGACAGUGGCAACUGGUGGUUGUUCAUUAACGGCACUGACCCUGCAGGACAACUGGCAUGGCUGAGAGACGAGCUGCAGAAGGCUGAGAUUGCAGGCGAGAAGGUACAGAUCAUCGGUCACCAGCCACCCAAUGGACUGAUGAAAGCAUUCAGCUGGGCGUAUCACAAGAUUGUCAAUCGCUAUGCCAACACGGUCACUGCGCAGAUAUUUGGACACGCUCAUGUCGACAAGAUGUCAAUAGUCUUUGAUGAGGAUGAUAAGUCACUCCCUGUUGGAGCCUACUACAUUGGGCCCAGCUUGACAACGAACGGCGGAGGCGAAGGAUUGAAUCCAGCGUAUCGUAUUUACACGCAGGAUGGAGAUCACGAGGACACCACGCACGCGCUGCUCGAUCACGAAACGUACAUCCUGAACAUCAGCGACCCGCACAUCAGCACCAACCCAACAUGGAAGCUAGAGUACAAAGCAAGUGAGGCGUACGGCAUUGCCACCAUACAACCGGCAAUGUGGGCACAGGCUCUGGAACGAAUGCAAACGGACGUCACUCUGACUCAGAAGUUCAACCACUACAAAUACCACAGCCAUCUGCACGAGAGUUGCGACGACAAGUGCCGCAAAGGCAUCCUGUGCGAGCUGAGGACGAGCCGCUCCAGUGACCACUCGCAGUGUGCCAAUAUGACCAGGACUGAGUUCACACAGCACGUAUUGCGCACUGCUAUGGUUGAUCAAUGCUAGAUCGAGUCAUUCCGUGUUGGACACGUGCAGUUUGAAGUACAUAGUUAGCAGCUUCUACAAACAAUUGUGUCUGAUAAGCCGGAUACUUCAGAACUAUACGGCUAUUUUUGUACGUGAAGAUUGAAAUCAUUCCUUUUCAGUGAUAGGGGUGAAGGUAGGCAAUGAGAUCCCGAGUUCGAAUACUCUAAUUUUCUCCAAUCGACUAUUCCAGUAUUCUAGUAUUCUUCAUCAAAUUGCACAUCAGGGGUCUGAAACUCACAUGAUACAGCCCUGAUUAAACUGAGUGGCAGUGCAUUUUCUUGAGUAAACUGAUUGGUGGGUCUCAUUUGGGAACUCUCUAAUCAUGUACAAAUGUUCAACACACAGUCUGCACACUGAUCAAUAUCUACUGCCCGCUACUCUGAAACUGCAGAUUUCGGUGGUAAAUGCAUGCACCAUGUAUGAAGGAGUAUUCUGAUUUAUUCUGAAUACGAUUAUUUUUCAAAUAAAAACCGAGCGAGCACUCGAGUACUCGGUAUAAUUGUUUUACCCCUACUGUUUGAUGAUAAAUCUUCUUUGACUUGAUGUGACUGGUUAAUUUAGAAAUAGCCUUGGUUUUGUAGGCAGUGUAAAGCGAUUAUACCAAUAACAAGAGACUACAAGAGACUAAGAGCAUAACCAACUUACUGGCAACUUCCCUCAAGGUGUAGAGACCUAGCUCAGCCAUCUGCUUUUCUAUCUAUCUUACAUGUAUCUAUCUACACGAAAUUGAUUGCAGUGGCAUGAAACUUUGAGUCACGACAAAUCCAAACUGCACUGGACUUCUUUCUCUCUUUUUUUCGUGUGAAAACGGUCUUUUUGGCCGAAAGGCAUGUUUUUCCUCUAGCUAGCCCGGUUGAGCGGUCGUGGCUAGGAAUAUAAUUAUGUUAUCAUAGACAUAGGAUUAGGAGUGUUUUCAGGCGCUCCCGAUCCCCUGCUGCCCAGUCACCGCUGGCCAUGCUGUUUUCACUUGAUUUUGCGGCCUUUUCUCCCGCUUGCUGACGGUUCUUUGACUGAUUUGGAUGUUUUCGGCUAUGUGGCUGCGAGUGUGGUUUUUGCUUCUACUCAUUUCUGGAAAACCACUACGUCGGUGAGUGUGACUGCUCCGGUAGACCACUGCCCCAUGUAC